AUGUGGAUAGCUGUCGUGCUUUUUCUAUCGAUAAUCCUCUUGCUGUUCUAUUUGGAUUCGGUGAAGCCGAAGAACUAUCCACCUGGUCCAAAAUGGUUCCCUAUGUUGGGCAGUGCUUAUACUGUUGCAAAAUUAAGGAAGAAGUAUGGUACAUUGGCAAAUUCCGUGGCGCAUAUGUCCCGAAAAUACGGGCCGUUGAUUGGUCUGAAGAUCGGACAGGAGAAGAUCGUCAUGGCGUAUGGCAUGCAAGCGAUCAAAGAGUUCUUGAUGAAUGAGAAUCUGAAUGGAAGGCCGACCGGGCCUUUCUACGAGCUGAGAACGUUCGGCAGGAAAGGUGUGCUAUUAACCGAUGAAGCCUUUUGGACUGAGCAGAGGAAGUUCAUCUUGAGACAUCUGAGGGAAUUCGGGUUUGGAAAGAGAAAUAUGUCAGAGAUGAUCGAGCAGGAGGCCGAGGUCAUGGUGAAUCACAUUAAGGAGCAGAUGGGAAAGAAGGGAGAGGUGGUUCUUCAAAUGGACACGAUGUUCGGCAUCCACGUGUUGAACACUCUCUGGACGAUGUUGGCCGGAACAAAGUACAGCCCGGACGAUGAAAACCUCAUUCAUUUACAAAGCAUCUUGAACAAACUCUUCAAGAACAUCGAUAUGAUGGGCACUUUGUUCAGCCAUUUCCCGAUUCUAAGGUAUUUCGCUCCAGAAAUGUCGGGCUACAAUCUAUACAUGCAGACGCAUAAACCUAUCUGGACUUUCAUUAAUAAGGAGAUUGAAGAGCACAAGCGCACCCACAUACCGGGAGAACCUCGUGACCUCAUUGAUGUCUACCUGGAAAUGAUCAAUUCUCCGGAUAAACCAGGAACUUUCACGGAAGAACAAUUGCUGGCCAUUUGCUUGGAUUUCUUCAUGGCCGGCUCGGAGACUACAACAAAAUCUUUCGGAUUCUGCUUCCUGCACCUCAUCCUCAAUCCUGAAGUGCAGAAGAAAGCUCAGGAAGAAAUAGAUUCCGUCGUUGGAAGAAAUAGAACACCAUCAUUAAACGACAGACCAAACUUGCCUUAUGUGGAAGCCAUCGUCAUGGAAACUCUAAGACACUUUAUGGCUAUGACUUUCGGAGUUCCUCAUAGGGCUUUAAGAGAUACCUCGCUUUGCGGAUAUUACAUUCCUAAAGGCACGAUGAUCGUUCCAACAUUCCACAGCGUAUUCUUCGGAGCCGAAUGCAUAUGGGAUGAUCCAAAGACGUUCCGUCCGGAACGCUUCUUAGAGAAUGACACAUCCGUAUUAGACAACUUCAUUCCGUUCGGUAUUGGCAAGAGGAGAUGUUUGGGAGAAUCGCUGGCCAGAGGCAAUCUCUUCAUCUUCAUCGCAAGUCUCUUGCAGAAUUUUAACUUUUCUGUACCUGAAGGUCAUCCAAAACCAUGUACGGAUGCGCAAGAUGGUGUUACUGCUAGCCCGGUACCAUACAAGGGUCUUAUUUCCCUACGUUCGUGAUAACAAUCCUCAUCCAUAAUAGGAUACACCAAUACUAACAUAAGUAAACCCAA